AUGAAAAAUGUUCUCCAUCGAGACCACAGUGAUUUAGAUGAUCUUGAUAACAACGAAUUCCUGCUCGGGUUGCCGGUUGCGUCUUUUAUGACCACGAAGAUCUGGCAUUCAAACAACAAACUUUUUACGACCUCCACCUUGACUUUAUUCACUGGAAUUUGUGGUAGUCGAGAACGAUUUUUUUUGUUUAUGAGUGUUUAUUGGAUGAUACUUAAUGACAAAAAAGCAAAAAUCGAGAGAAAGGCAUCAAUACAGAAAGUAGUGGAAAAAAAGUUAUUUUCAUGUGAUGCCUCGCAUAACUGGUUCUCUUCAGAAAUUGGCAUCAAAUGA